CACACACACACACACACACGCGCAAAAGAAAAAGACGCCUCCCGCCACGCGCACAUCCAUUCGCGUCUGCUCCCCCCCCCCCCUUGCUCUCUCCCUCUCCCCCUCUCUGCUUAUCCCCCGGCUUUCCGUCGCCAGACAGUCGAGGCAGGAUGUUGCCGGAUGGUUUCGCCGUGCGCCGCGGCCCGCCGCCCUGCCGUCUGCUCCUGGCCCUCCUCGCUCUGGCUCUUCAGGCUCUCUUCCACCUGUCGCUGGCAGCACCUGGAUCGAUCCCAGCUUCUGGGGUCAAUCACUCCGCCCAGCACCUGUGGCUGGUCGGCGUGGCUCCUGGUCUCGUCCACCGCUAUCCGCCGGCCGGGGUUGACAUCGACCGCGGGACCUUCACUUGUCUGGACGGAUCUCGGACGGUUCCCCUGUCGGCUGUCAACGAUGACUAUUGCGACUGCCUGGGCGAUGGCUCGGACGAGCCGGGAACCAGCGCCUGUGCCACCAGCCUGCGAACGGCAUACAACUGGCCUGUGGGAGGGGCCACGCUGCCAGUCACCGCUGGCUCCCCGCCGGGGAUCCCCCAAUUGCUUACUUUCCACUGCGCCAAUGCAGGGCAUGUGCCGACAGUCAUCCCGGCGAGUCGAGUGGGUGAUGGGAUCUGCGACUGCUGCGACGGAUCGGAUGAGCUGGUAGCAUGGCAACUGCAGCACCAGCUGGAGCAUCUUGUGGGUAAUGGCUCGGCCGUGGUCGAGUCCUCCGGGCCCCGCUGUCCGAACACCUGUGCCGCCCAGGCAGCCCAGUGGGAGCGCCAGCUUCUCCGCAAUCGCCUCGGUGCCAUCCAGCGGCUGAAGAACAUCCGCGACUCGCGAGAGAGCCUCCUGCAGACCCAGCGCCAGGCUGACGAGAAGCUUCCCCAGUUGCUAAAGACUCGGGAAGAGCACGAUGAACUGAAGGUUGCUUUCGAGGAUAUCACCAAAAAGAAGGAGGAUGCCUUCGCCGAGUACGAGGCCAUCAGGGCCGAGCGUCAGAGGAUUCGCAACCGCGAGGAGGCAGUUGAACGCCUGACCGGCACGCCGAGCGUCCCGCCAACUUCUCCACCCGAGGAGGGCGACUCUGGGGCACCAGGCGCCGGCACCCCUCAGGCUGAGGACGACUACUACGAGGAUACCUAUGAGGAGCUGGAAGAUCCGGCCUACCCAUAUGACAUCCUGAUUGCCUACAAUGCGUUGCAGCGGAAAUGGUCCGCGGCUAAGGCCCGACUGACUCGCCUACAGGACCAGCAUGAGCGCCUGAGCAAAAUCGCCUCGGACAACUACGGCCCGGAUGGGGCCUUCUACCACCAUCGGCACAAGUGCCUUUCAUUUGACUCGGGGGAUCGCUUCCGGAUUUGCCCCUUCGACACGAAUGUCAUCCGGAAGAUGAGCCGCGAGCGCUUCAACCUCGGCUCUUUCGCCACGUGGACUCCGGCCGAGGGGGUGGUCGAACUGCCGGGGACCGGGCGCCUCGGCCCGGAUGCGGUGCCCCCGUUUCCGGACACUUCGGCUGCCGGAGUCCGGGGGCACGUACAUCCUCGCUUGGUUGCCGCCGACCCGGACUCCAUCCUGAUCCCUCCGCGGCAGUCGCCGGUUCUGCGGCAGGUCUUCGACAAGGGAUCCCCAUGCUCGCAAGAGCAUUCCGGCGAUCUGGCCGGGCGCUUUUCCUCGACCAUCCAGUUUGUCUGCCGCGGUCUGGACGAUGGGGUGGUUCUUUCGUACCAGGAACGCGAUCGCUGCCACUAUGACUUCGUGGUGGCCUCGGUCGGUGCAUGCACCGGGGAGGCUAUCGGCGGGGACACCUGGUGGGAUACCCCGGAGGGCAUGGCCCUGCUGGAUGCCCAUGGCCUCACUGCGCCAAGCAGCGCCGAGGGCCCGAGUGGCGACCAGAGCCCCCAGCCCCCAGUGGCCCCCGAGGCGCCCCUGCCCACGGGCACCCUCCAGACCCCCGACACGAUGCUGCCCACUGAGACACCCAUGAUGCCCUCGGAGACCCCGGCAGCCGCCCUGCCGGGUGCCGCCCCCUCGCCGAUCCCCCGGCCACCGGGCUCGGUCAUGGUGGAGCAUAGUUCCGCACCGCCACCGGCGCAUGCGGAUGACGGUGCAACGAACGGCGAGUCGACCGACUCCCAGAUGGCCCGGCAGGCCCACGCCCACACGCACCCGGUCCUGCACGGCCACCCGCACGACCACUCGGAGCUCUGAAUAGAUGUUAAUCGGCCACGAUUAACACACCCGUCUGGCA